GCCGCAGUGGGUGAAACUUCGGCAGUCGGAGGAGUGUCGCGCAAGGCACACUACGACAGCGUAGUACCUAAAUGGACACCGCCCAGCUAGACGGAAAAUUGCACGACCUGCAUCUUCGUGCCACCCAAACUCUGCAGCUAAUCGGUCUAGUUGAGGUGAAUCGAGUUUUGUACGACACUUCCGAUCCGCACUACAGUACUAAGAAAGUCAAGAGUGCAGCCUGGAAGCAGAUUACGGCCGCAGUGCUGGGUAUAAAACCGGACGAGGUCUACCGCUAUCAAUCGUUGCAGAUUCAGCACAAGUGGAAAAGCCUCCGGACGGCGUACGUGCGCCAGAAGCGGAAGAAUAAUCCGGCCAUUCCAUAUCGGUAUGCCGAUUUGAUGAGUUUUCUCGAUCCGUUUCUGCGGCGGGAUGAAGGAGCUUCAGCUGCUGUUUCACUUCAAUCCAGUAGGUUCUCGGCCCCCUUCGAGUUGGAUUUCGAUGAAGAAGUUGGCACAGAUAUGGCGAAUGCAGCCAUUCAAGAUGCUUGUAUCGAUCUGUUCGAUCCCAUCGAGGAAGAUCUAACUUGCGAUACCGGUGUAAUGGUGCAAAAGAUUGCAGCAGCUCCGAUUUCGGUGCUUUCCACGGUAGGAUCAACCAUCGCGGAAUCGAACAGCACCAGCAGCACUUCGUCAGCGACCACGCAAAUCAGCCCCAGUCAGAUUGAUGAGCUGGACGGGUUCUUCAUGCAGAUCUCACGCACGGUUCGAAAGUUUUCUCCGCGGAAAAUCAUCGAACUCAAGAUGCAAAUAUUUAACCUCGUUUCCCAGGCCGAACUGGACGAGCUGGAUGCGCUCAAUAAGUAUUAGCUCAGGCACAUGUACUUUAGUGAAUCGGAGUCCUGUAACUUGUUAGACUGCUAAUUUAUUUAUUUAUUUAUCUAGUAUUUAUAUUUAUUUAUGAAUUUAAAAAAGCAUAUGAUUUUAUUUAUACGUUUGGAGACGAUUUGCAGUUAAGGUGGUUAUUUCGUACACGCAGCACAUGAGAUUUGAUAUUCUUUCACGCUCGGAAGUAUUACACACAAUUCCAAAUAUACUAUUAUAGUAACAAUGCCAACAUCACGUAGGAAAAGACGUUAAAAACCUUUAGUGCCAAACACACUCACAAUAGACUGGUUAUUUCGAAUGCAAUUGAAAUGCUCCUUUUUAAGUAAAGCCUAGUCAUUUUCGAGCAUAAUAGAACAAUAUAUCAGCAACGAAUACAUAUAAUAUAAUAUAAAACCUAGACCUUUAACAUUUUUUAGACCCAUUUUUAUCGUAGCUAGUCAUCGUUAGUGUUAACCUA